UUACCCUGACCUACAGCUGAACAGAGGCUAUGUGUACAUUGUUUCUGACACUCAGAAACAAAGGUGGGACAUUAUAAGACACCUAAUUAAUUCUGUUUGUCCUGUACACAUCAGAUAAACUGCUAGUGAUAGCUGUUAUCAAAGAGGUAAACAACAAGUGGACGUUAAGUUAUUUGUGGAAUUGGAUACUUGGAGUCUCAAUACAUAUGUGUGUGUAAGAGAAGUGUGAUUCACUUACACAGGAAGUUGGGUCAUGUUGGCUUAUAAAUUACGCAAUCAACAUGUGUCUGUGAAACAGAGUGAAAGUAGAAGUCGGCUGUGAUCGGACGGAAUAGCCAACAAGUUCCAGUUACCGGAGCGGCAAGCAAAGGUGAACCAGCUGAUCAGGAGGAUGGACCACACAGAGGGUCCCCGGGAACAUGUCGCUGAGGCCCAAUACUGUAUCUGUCGCUCUUCUGACUGUAGUCGCUUUAUGAUAGGGUGUGACAACUGUGAGGAGUGGUACCAUGGUGACUGUAUAGGAGUCACACAGCUAGAUGCCAGGUCAAUCAAACAGUUCUUCUGUGAGAUGUGUCGAGAGCAAAAUCCCAGCCUUGAUAUCAAGUAUAAAUCCAAGAAGAAAAAAGAAAAUAAAGAGAAGUUCACCUCUCACCCAGCCGCAGAAAGAGAAGGUCUAAGACAGGAAUGGAAAUACAGUGAAAAGGAAAAAUCCAGAAAAAAGUCUUCAAGGCGAUGUGGGGAAUGUAAAGCCUGUCAUCGAACCGAGGACUGUGGACGGUGUGACUUCUGUAAGGAUAUGAGAAAAUUUGGUGGUCCGAACAAAAUACGUCAAAAAUGCAGGUUGCGGCAGUGCCUAAAUUUUUGCCGUUUUCGUAAGAAUCAAGGGGGUUUGAAUAUGUCGGUGAAGAAGCCUGAGAAAUCACAACGCACUGUUACGUCAGAAACAGAAUCUAUGAGAACCAGCUUUUCUGGACAUUUUUCAGAAGAUGAAGAUGAGUUCAUGGAUUUUGAUGAAGAUGGAGGUACCUCGGAAAAUGUAGAAAAACCUUCAAAGAAUAAGCCAGGGAGGAAGAAGAGUGAGUCGGGAUCACCACGAAAGAAAAAGUUAAAAGAAAGCAGCAAACAUUCACCCUCCAAGAAAAAACAGAAAUUGAAAGACAAGACAGGUUCAGAGAGGAAAAAGAAGCGUGGAGGAGAGGUAGAUGAUGUACGGGAAGUGGAGGAUGAGGAGCCACGCCAGUGUUUCGGGCCAGGAUGUAUAGAGCCUGCCCGGCCCAACUCCAAGUACUGCUCCGAGGAGUGUGGCAUGAAACUGGCCAAAAAUCGUAUCUAUGAACUCCUGCCCCCUAAGAUCCAGCAAUGGCAGAGCACACCUUGUGUGACAGAGGAAAACAACAAGAAAGCACUGGAAAAAAUUCGCAGACAGCAACUAGAGGCACGGCAUAAACUAGGGGAGCUUGAUUUCCGACAUCAGGAGCUGGACGCACUUUUAGAGCGAGUCAAACAUUCUAUCAUAGUUCCGGACCAGGAGGAGAAGGAAGCAGAAGAUGAUAUGGAAUACAGCAUGUACUGUGUCACUUGUGGAGCCGAACUCAACCAGAAAGGGGCACUCCGACACAUGGAAAAGUGCUUUGCAAAGUAUGAGGCACAGACAUCAUUUGGGUCCAUUUAUAAAACCCGGAUAGAGGGCAACUCCAUGUUUUGUGACUACUACAACGCCCAACAGAAAGUUUACUGUAAACGGUUAAAAGUCCUCUGUCCAGAACACACUAAGGAACCAAAGGUGGGACCAGAUGAGGUGUGUGGCUGCCCGUUAGUCACUAACGUGUUUGAGGAGACCGGUGAAUACUGCAGAGCAGCCAAACGUAAAUGUAACAAACACUUUGUGUGGGAGAAACUACGGCGGGCAGAGAUAGACAUGGAGAGGGUUAGGCAGUGGAUGGAGUUGGACGACUUAUUUGAACAAGAGCGCAACAUCCGAGUGUCAAUGGCCAACCGUGUUGGUGUGCUGGGCCUGAUGUUACACCAGACAAUGGACCACGACCCACUGAACCCAAUCAAGGCCCCUGAAAUUAACUGAUUCCACUCCAAUACAGCUUACCAUCUUGAAGAAAAUGUUAAGAAAAGUUUACUUUUGUUUGUUUAGACUUUUGUGUUUAGCUCAGUAUUCAUCAAAGUGAGAGCAGAGGCAUUUGUAUGUUUAAUAAACAAUUUCUGAUGUAUGUGUAUUGGGCUGCAUGGGGAGGUUUUGCCAUGUCACUAGUACGAGUGUGUAGUAUGUAAACUUUUAAAUAAGAUUUAUUACUAUAAAUCAUAUGGGUUUGUGGAAAUUAUGCUCUCUAUUUUUCAUACAACAGAUAUUUGAAUUUGUAACUGACUUACAAAUUCAUUCAAAUUACAUAUCUCGUGAAAAAUAACAAAAUGUUGCACAUUGUAAAACUUCUCAGGGUUAGAGAGUUAACAUUCUUUUUAUGCUGGUUUAUUUGUGUCGGUUCAUUAGCAAUAAUCCUGUGAAAAUCGUCCUAUCGUAAUUCACCAACAAGUAUUAAAUUUCUAUCAUGACUCGCACCAAGAAACACCUUUGCUCAGAUCAGGUGACCAAAGCAUUGUAAAAUUAAUGAGCUGUUGACUCAAAUUUUCUAACCAUGUUUUUUGUUCCAACAACUUUGCAGAGAUAUAGAUCUUACUGGAAUGUCAGAUUCGUGUGACAAGCACAAAGAUUGUGUACAUUUCACAAAUCUCACUUUGUCUUCACUAUCAUUACUAUAGUGCUAUUGAACUUUCACUCUGUGCAAUUGCAUUCCCUGUUAAGAUACUGCUUUAUCCUGUACUUAGAUACAGUAAACUCUCAUUAUACUGCCAACAUUUGGCGAUAAACUGAAGAAACUGUAUGAAGUAUUCUUGAGAAAAUAAGAAAAAAAACAUAAUUGAAAAGUAAAGUGUUGGCCGUAAAUGUAAUGAGGGGCAUUAUAUGGAGGUUUUACUGUAGUUUCACCUUGUAAUCGGCAGUAUCUGUUGAUGGUUGUUACCACUUUCCUUCCUUCGUUUGACUGUAGACUUAAUAAACUGUGAUGCAAGUCGGUAUUCACCAUCAUGUGUAUUUACCAGGUACAUUAUGUAAGUUUGUAAAGCUUUUCUAUUUAUUUUUUAUUAAUGUGAAAUGUUACAUAAAAAAUUAUAACUGUGUUUUAUUAAAAUGUUGAAUUCACAAUUUACAAGUUAAUGUACAUGUAAAUUAAUGUUCAUAAUUUUACGUCCAGAUCCUGAUUUUUUUGUGAUCAUUUUGAAGAAGCAUCUUGAUGUAAUAUUAGCGUUAGUUCUGUAAGAUAAUACAAAAGUUAAGAGAAUUUUAAUGAGCUCAUACAUAGUGCUUACAAGUCUUAAGCUUGUAUUUCUACCAAGAGUCAGUAUCGAUGUUUGUACAGGCACAGGACAGUGUUCAGAUUAUUAUAUUGAACGUUUCAAUUAUUUUUCAAGUCUAAAGAGAAAGGUUCUUGCACAUAUUCAACACUUGCGAGUUGUUCUGAUGCACUUGUGUCAAUUGAGAAGUGUAACUCUUGAAUUAGGAUAUGGACGUUUCUGUCAAAAGGUAGCUAAUAGUGUCAGAUACAGUUAAAUCUCAUUACUUGUUUUUGAAAUUUCUAUUAAAGAUUUUGUAUGACUUUGGUCAUGUAUAACUUUGUACAGGAUUAAAAAUUGUAAUGAUGAUUAAUCCUUCAAAUAAACAUGAUUUAAAACAUAAAA